GAACCAGCAGUCUAACCACCCCACCCACCCUCACGCUGUCAAACCACAGUAUGCAAAACCGGUCAUCUGGACCCAAAAGACGUGAUUUAUGACCGUGUAUUACCGUAGAGAUGCCCAAAAGUCAGCAUUGUAAGAGGACUCGCAGUUAGUCUGAGCGUCAGGGCGGGUUCGCUUCAUCCUGACGUAGCGCCGCUGUGGCGCUCAGUAUCUUCACCACAAAAUCAACCCAAACGUGGCCAUCGUUCAGCGUGAUUUGACGUCGAGACAUCUGGGAACCUAGGAGAUGACAUUUAUCGUCAACAUGUUUACCUUCAGCCAAGAGAUCCUCUUUAACCUUUUCUUUAACGUUCCUCACUUCCCAAAACCACGGAUUGGCAUUGGACGUGUGAACUAAAGUCUUCGGAAAACCACAUUCUGCAAAUAUCCAAAUAUUCUUCAUCCUCACCCACUAGGAGAAGAUGGACAGUCCACCUAAGCUAGCCGGGGAGACUCUUAUUGUCCACCACAUUCCACUUGUUCACUGCCAGGUUUCAAGCUCACGACAAUGCUGUGGUAGUCCAUUGAAAAGGAACAGUAAUCCUUUCAGCUGCCCGGAGAAUCUGGGAUUGAGCCGGACUACCUCCCUACCUGAGAGAGAUAUUCUUCAGCGGGAGGCAUUGGUGUACAGCAGCCUCAUACAGACAUUGAGCAGCAGCCUUAGCUCUAGUGAUACUUUUGGGGUUGGAGGAAUUAGAGGAGGGCAGAAACAAGGAAGAGGUGGGAGAGAAGGGAGUAUGGCAAGUGACACUUCCUCUUUCACCUCAAGCAAUUCUGAAGAUCAAGCUCAAGGCCUGCAGAUGAAGACACGUGAACAGCUGAACUCGAGACGUAACCCCUUUCUGCUCAACACUGAAGAUGAAGAUGAUGAGGAUGAAGACAAUCUGAAUGGAUAUUUGGAAGACUCCUCUUUUCACCUGCAUGGAAAUUCGCAUGAAAUCUCAAAUGCAGCACUUGCAAAUGAAGACUUGCCGUCUUUCCACCUGCAUGACCUUGGGUUCACCGUUGAACCUUUUCUCUUGCAUGGGUCUACAGAAAAACAGUGGAGUUCCAUACAUGGGCCUAGUGGGGAAGCAGAGCACAGAGACCACACAAUAGGUGGGACUUUCGAUUUGUCUACUCACAUGGAGGGACUGAACUUGCUGAGAUUAGAUAGCCAGCGGCGCCACGGAAGCAGUGGUUCCACCCUUUCAAUGGACUGUGGUGAGCAAGAAUGGGGUGAGGAUGAUGAUUAUGAAGACCAGUCCAUGCAGGGUGGCAGAGGAAGCUCAGAGUGUUCCAGUCUUGCAGCACCACAUUGCUCCUGUUGCGUCCUUUCUCAGCCAUACCCUGAACCUUUUCACAAAUCAUUUUCUGAGUGUCACCAGGGCUACGGCAGUGAUUCCUCCUGCAAUAGCUCAGAUGGAGUGCUGGUUAACUUCAGCACGAUUUACAACAAGAUGAACAAUGUUGUCCCAGCCAAACAGUCACUCAAUAUCAACAGUUCCGUCGAGCAAUCCUGUGCCUCAUCUGUGUCUGAGCUUGUUGGGAUGUGCGGAACAGAAUGUAGCAGUGGACGUGGAGCUUUCUACCUGGACUUACACACCUCCCCGAUUGAACCCGCUCAGCAUCCUUCGGCCACUCAAGAACAUGCAAACUCUUCUUCUGUAUCUCAGUCACAAGGUGCCACUAUGGAACUAGAUGCCAACUGUAACUCAUACCACAACCUUCUUGGAAGCGAGGCACUGUCCUCCGCUGAAACCUCUGCCAGUGAACUCAUCUCGUGUCUUCAAAGCCAAGCUCGCUUGGUUGUAGCAACGCAGAAUUACUACAAGCUGGUGACAUGUGACCUUUCUUCCCAGUCUUCUCCCAGUCCAGCGGGAUCAUCGGUCACAAGCUGCUCAGAUGAGCACAGCAAAGGAAGUCCCACUCAGCCAACAGAGUACUACCUAUUCCAACAAAUGAAAGAGGAUGAAGAAGAGGAAGAUGCAGAGAAUGAAGAAAAUGAUUCAUGUGAGAUUGAAUCUACCCGUGAGAAUGUAAUUGAGGGGCAGGUGUAUAUCAACAUCUCCCCACCUACAACAGCCUGCAAUUCAGUUGGUGCUUUGGGGAGCGAUCGACCUCGUUCUCGCAGCUACGAUCGGAACCUAGACAAGUCACCAUCUCCUCGCCUUGGGUCCUUGGAGCGCAUGCUCAGCUGCCCUGUUCGGCUCAGUGAGAGUGCAGCCCCUAGCCCACCACCUCCACCACGUGUCACUUCUUUUGCGGAAAUAGCGAGGAAUAAGAGGAGAACCGGAGGAUCACCAUCACAGAGGGGUGGAAUGGAGGCCACAUCCAUGAACUCUCACUCAUCUGGAGAGUUCUCGCCCAUCUUGGAAGACCUUCCACAGGGUCAGAGCCACAGUUUGCCACCACUCACUCGAUGCCAUAGUCAAGGGAGCUGUGAUUUGUCCUCCCCGCAUAGAUCUCGGAGUACACCGCUGCGAGAAUCACCAGGGGGAGCAGGAAAACGGGCUCGAACCAAAGCAGAAGGUGGCCUGUCUAGCUCCACAGACUCCUCUCCAGUUGUAUUUCGCUAUAGCAAAGAUCAACGUCCUACCUCAUUACCCAUUCAGCCUUUCACUUUCCAGCACCAGUUUGGAAAACCCCAGACGAAGCCUCUCCUUCCUCUUCUGGACGGAUACAUCAGCCAAAUGCAGGCUCGAGGGGCUGCAGUGCCUGAGGGAGGUGAAGAUGACUCGGAAGAAGAUCGUAGGCCACCUCACGGCUCCUCCAAUGCACCUACAACAGUGCGGCCAUCCCCACUGGGCAGCUAUUCCCCAAUUCGCCUCCAAGUUGCACCCACCUCUUCUGGAACCUGCUCGACAUGCACUCCGACCCCUGGUGGUCCGAGGCCACCACGUUCCCUCUCUUGCCCCAUCUCUGCAGGCCUUCUGCCCCAGCAUACCCCAACUGGAAUGGCCAUACGUACAGAGACACCUAAACUUGCUCCCUUACCUCCAACACCGCCUCCACCUCCACUGAUGAAGCAGAGUCUGCUGAUGCCUGCAUUGCCCACUAGAAAUCACUGUUUCCACCGUGGCAAUUUGCCGACGCUACCCAGCUCAGGUCUCAGUCCUCUUGGACAGUUGGAACCAGCGCCACAGGAAGAGCCAGUGAAGGUUUUACCGGCAUGUGUGACACAGCAACAGCCUAAUGUGCACCACCUCUCCCCGCAGGCACUCAAAUGGAGAGAGUACAGACGCAAGAACCCUCUGGGUGUGGAGCGUGGUAAAAACGGCCCUCAUUCUUUCUCUUGUGCUUUGGAAACCAAGAGACCUGGAACUCAAGUCAUGCGACGCAAUGUGUUUGAUUUCCCUCCCACCAAUCAACCACUCAGCUUCGGCAGACUUAAUGGUCAGUCAUUGAGGCAACUGCCGCAGUGCUACAGUGACUUCCUGCCGGAUUAUUUCUCUCAGACAGAGCGCCCCCCAGAGGAAUUCUGCUUAUCUCCUGAUGCUAAUACUGAUGAAUCCAUCUCUAUAGACCUGUUGCAGAAGAGAGGUUUGGUGAAGGCCAUAAACACAGCAGUCGAUCUGAUAGUGGCUCAUUUUGGCAUCAGUCGAGAUGCAGGAGUAAAGGCCAAAUUGGGAAAUAGCUCUGUAAGUCCGAAUGUGGGUCACCUUAUUCUAAAGUACCUCUGUCCUGCCAUUCGUGAGAUACUGCAUGAUGGACUGAAAGCGUAUGUACUGGACCUGAUCAUCGGACAACGCAAAAAUCAGCCCUGGAGUGUGGUGGAGGCCUCCACACAACUCGGUCCCUCUACGCGGGUUUUACACAGUCUGUUUUCUAAAGUCAGUCAGUAUUCUGAGCUGACCAAUCACAGUAUGAGACUCAAUGCCUUCAUCUUCGGCCUGCUGAACUUGCGAUUUCUGGAAUUCUGGUUCAAUCACAUUUAUACACAUGAAGACAUUGUAGCAGCCCACUACCACCCAUGGGGUUUCCUACCCCUGUCUCAAGGGGCCUGCCAGCCACUGUUUGAAGAGUUGCAGCUCCUUCUUCAGCCGCUCUCACUGUUGCCCUUUGACCUUGACUUGCUAUUUGAGCCACACCAGCUAAAGAAAGGGGAAGAACACCUGAGACGCAAAGAACAGCUGUGCUGUGCUCGCCAAGGCCUCAACCAAUCAGAUUGCUCCACCUUUCAGCUCAUGCGAGGCUGUGGAACGUUGGAGUCUGGAGCACAGGAAGUGGGAAUGCUGCCUCAGAGAGAAAGGUUCUUGUUGAGAGAUGAAGACAGCCGGCUUAGGACAGAGGGAGUGACAUUAAAAAUUAAAUGUGAUGGGCGGAGGAGUGCGGGAGCAGAGCGUGAAUCACGGGAUAAGGAGGCUGGAGUUGGCAAAGAGUGUUUGAGGAAGAGUGACGCAGGACAGAUAGAUGGUGGCGGGUGGUGUGCUGGCAGGAUGAAGGGAGUUGGAGAAGACUGUGAGAAAGAGAAAAGGAGAGAAAGAGAUGGAGAUGGAGCCAAACAGAGAAACCGACAAGCUGGCUGGUGGUACCAGCUGAUGCAAAGUUCACAGGUUUACAUCGACAACUCUGUCGAGGGCUCAAAAUUUGUGAAGUUGGAGAAGAGGAGGAAAGGUGGUGUUGAGAGCCACCGGCAAAGCCAUCCACCUCCUAGAGAAGGUGUGGUUGAGGGGGCCGAGGCCAUUCAGCCAAUGGAUGAACAGGUGGAACAUUGUCGGACCAGCAGUAGCAAUAUUAAUAGCAUUGGCAAUGGUGUCCUCCACCAAUCAGCAUUGUCAGAACCCACAAAAGUCACAAAGGGGAAGCCAUCGUGGAUGGGAAGUCCACCGGAAUCAGUCCUCACUGAGCUGAAGAAGAGUAAGGAAAAGCAGCCAGACUGCCAGGAUGCCUUUAAAGGGGUUCAGGCCCAGCCAGGAGCAGGCGAGGAUGGGUCGGCACAGGUUCUCCGCUGGGGUCGGCUGUUUGGAGCUGGAAACGCAAGCAAGGUGGAGAAGAGUGAGCAGAAACAAGUCAGAAAACAAAGAUUGCCGUCUGGUUGGUUGAGUCUUGACCGUUCCAUGUUGGAUCUGGUGGCUCAGUCUGUUGGAGUGGGAAAAAGAGCGGAGCAACAAUCUCUCACGUCUCAAAGCCAAGAAUCCCACCUUGGCCCAACUGAACAAGCACAAACACAGAAUCCCCCAACACAGAGACAAGUCCCAUGUGAAGUGAAGGUGUUAUGCCAUCAUAUAGCCACAGAGCCAGGGCAGCUCAGUUUCCAUAAAGGUGAUGUGCUGCAGGUGCUCAGCAGGGCAGACUCUGUGAUUAGAAAGUGUAGAUCUAGUUACUGAGUAGUGAAAUUGUUUGCAAUGGGCCAUCGGGUUUUGCAACUUGGCUUGUAAUCAUAAAUGUCAAUAGCCUUUUAAAAAUAACUAAAAAACCAAAUGAAGUUGUUAGAUGACACUACUGGCACAUAUGCCUUGUCUUUAUUAAAUACUGUAUGAUUUUAUCUAAUCUAGAUGUUAACCAACUCGUGUGUUGUGACUGACAGUGUGUGCAUGUGCCCUUCAGAAGUUGUGCAUAAACUGGAGGUCAUUCGUAAACAUCUCUUUCUCACACUGUUUGUGCAAAGAACUGUAUGAAGCUGUAUAGUACAUCACUGAAAAGGGAAGCCUUGGUUUUUAAGUCUACAGGAAUUAAAGCUCAUUAACAUGUUGAAAAAGACUAAGUAUUUUCCCAACCUUACAGGACAAGGGAAAUCAGCCUGUCCAGAGGCAUUUGUUUUCUCCAGCCUGUGCUGCUUUGACAGGUAAAUCGAUACACUAAUGCUAUCACCUCAAUCUCUGUCCCUUCAUUUCAAGCUUUUUUCACCAAUUUCAAGGGACAAUUUACAGCCUGCAAGAUUGCCUGCAUGUGAUGGAGUGCAUCACAAAUGUUUUGCUUUUGCUGAUACUUAACUGAUUUAAAGAGUUGAAAUAAGCUCCAUCUUUAACCUUAAAUGUGAUAUAUUCCUUCCUAUAUCAACCUUUGCACAACUUGCAAUAUAUAUACAGUAGAAAGGGAAGAUAUGUCUAAUGUUUGUCUAGUUUAGAUUUUGGUUGUUUUGAUUUGGUUCAAGGAGCUUUUGAGUCUGUUUGGACUAUAUUUAUUAAGAUAGAUGAGUCUGUAGAUGAACGAAUGGAUGUAUAGAUAGAAUGGGAUGGAUUUAUAGAGUUUUAUGUAAGUAGUUGAAUAGAUGGUGAGCAAAAAAAGAGUUAAAUGGGGUUUGGUGGCGAAUCCCUUCCCCUACAAAUAAAUUAAAUUCGUGAGAUGAUUUCCUCCAGCAAGUGAAAGUGUUCCUCCAGACAUUUUAAUGCUUAAAUAUUAUCCACAAAUAAUUUUCUCUGCUUUUGCAGUAGAGGACAAAAAAAAGACAUUUAGACAAGGACGGUAAAAUUAUUCCUUAUUGUGCAUUAAGUUAUGACCAUUUGAUGUGCUACAUUUAAUUCAAGGUGAGGCCUUAUGGAAGGGAAUGUGUAUUAUGUAUUAUAUAUAUUGUUAUUUCAGGAGUUGAGUAUGAUCAACAAUUUUAUUUAAAAUAAUCUUGGGCCCUUGGUAUGACACCUGAUAUGCUUUUGCUUAAAGUAAUACAUAAAAUCAUAUUUUGAUUUGAUUUUUUCAAAUUGCUUUAUUGAGACAUCAAUAGAUGAUUGUCAGAGUAUGUUUUUGUUAAAACAGUUUUAUGAUUUAUAUUAUUUUCUAUUUAUAAAAUGCAUUAGUCAUUAUUUUGUGUAUUUGUAAUUGUAAAUAUGUUGCAUUCUCAUGUUCUCAAAAGGAAAAUGACAUUAUUGACUUUGUUAUUAACAGCUUUCAACGCUAACAGUUAAUAACGAAAACCAUUCAAAUGUACAUUAUACUGUUAUGGGACGUUGUGUUUUGAGAAGAAAAUGCUCUCACAAAAAGUUGCGCAAACUAGAUUGUAGUGCUGCUGCUUUAGGUCAAUCUUGGUCACUUAAGGUUUGUCUGUUGGUCUUCCAAAUACGCUUUGCUUUUCACUAAAGUCCACCUGGUAAAUAUCAGAGAGAGAGAGAAAGCUUGCGAGAGAAAUAGCUGUCCAGUGCCUUUUUGAACCAAUUCGUCUGCUAGUGGGAUUCAAGCGUGGUUCCUCAGUCACAAGUGGUUGGUGCCAUUCCAGUUGCUUGCAAAACUGGAAUUAAACUAUUUUACUUUUUCAUGCAGAUUGUUAGAAGAUACUGUAAACACCAGUGAAGGAGAGGAUGUUUUAGUUGGGAGGGUGAUGUAUGUUUGUGCAAUGUUCUUUCCCUCUCUAUAUCUCCAAAUAUUUCUGACCUGUAUAUACUGUACGAUACCUGUAGCUCACUUGGCUCUCCUUUCCCCUGUGACCAUGUUGUGCUCCUAUAACAUUACCAACAUGUAUGGAUAUCAAUAACAAAGUGCUCAUGUGAACACUGA